AUGGGUGCAGAGGACAAUCAGCAAGGAGCAGAACUCGAAUUAGCGAUAUCUCGUACCGUUCCAAACCCAAACCCUAAUUCGAUUACUGAAGCUCAAUUCGCAGCUUGGAAACUCCGAAAGGUUGCCGACACAUCUGCCAGAAAAGCUGAAGCGGAAAGAAAACGUGCUGAGGACAUAGCUUCAGGACUGGUUCAAAUGAACGGUCGUGAGCUUUUUGCGCACGAGCCUUGGGUUUUUGAUAACACCCGUUAUUAA